AUCUCUUUGCUUCUUCUUCGUUAGUUUCGUUUCUUGAUUUGAAACCCUAGUUUCCUCUUCGUCGACGAUCUCCAUCAGCGAAGAUGCCGGCGACGGCGGGGAGGGUGCGCAUGCCGGCGAACAACCGCGUGCACAGUAGCGCGGCGCUGCAGACGCAUGGGAUCUGGCAGAGCGCGAUCGGAUACGAUCCCUAUGCGCCGUCAAAGGACAAGGACGCCGCGAAGGGUCCUGAUGAUCAGGCGGCCACCGGAGACGCUGAGAACGCCUAUGCUAGCUUCCAGGGCCUCCUCGCUCUCGCCCGUAUCACCGGAUCCUCCUCUAAUGAGACCCGUGGCGCCUGCAAGAGGUGUGGGCGGGUCGGGCAUCUCACCUUCCAGUGCCGCAACUUUCUCAGCGUCAAGGACGACAAGGAGAAGGAUGGGGAUGUCUCUGCUUCUAUCCAGACCGCCAACGCUGUGUUUGAGAAGAUUAAGAAAGCUUCUAAGAAGGAUGGUGCCGAGAGCGGGCCUGAAGAGGAUGAGGAUGAUGAAUCGGAGGAGAGCGAGUCAUCUGAUUCCGAUGUGGAUCCGGAGAUAGAAAAGAUCAUUGCUGCUCGAUUCGGGAAAAAGGUGAAGAAGAAGACAACUGAGGAGGAUUCUGUGAGAAGGGGAAGAUCCAAGAAGAGGUCGAACCGUGGGGAUGAUGAUAGUGAAAUUGAGGAGGAGGAGAGGAGGAGAGAAAAGAGAAAGAAGAGGCAUAUGACUUCAGAUGAUGAUGAGGAUGAUCGGAAGCGGAGGCACAGGAAGAGUAGGAAAGAUAGGAAGAAGAGGAGCCAUAAGAAGAACGAAGACUCUGAUGAAUCUGAUGAGGAAUCAGAUAGGCGGCGUCGCCACCGAUGUAAGAGAAGGAAUAGGAGGAGGGAUGCAUCUGCAAGUGAGUCUGAUAGUGAUGAUGAACCGGCAGGUGAUCGGAAGCGGUCUCAUAGAUCAGAGCGACGAAGGGGGAGGAGAGCUGCUUCGGAUAGUAGUUAUGAGAGUGAUAGUUCAGAUAAAGAGGAUUCAAGGGUUAGGAAGGAGAAGGGCCGAAUUGACAAGAAGAGCAAAGAUCACAGGAGGGUAUGAUCUAUUCGGCAAGGUGAUUGGUAACUAUGUUCUGUUACUCAAACAAGUUCUUUCCUUUCAAGUUGUCAGGUUUACUUUGUUUGUGUAUCAUCUUUGGUCUUAGUGAUCCUUUUCUAUGUCAUCUCAUGAAUGUGUAAUUCAUAGUAAAAGUCAUUAAUUGUGGUGAAUCCUAUUUUACUGAACCAUUUGCUUAUUGUGUUGUCUGUAAGGGAACUAUAAGGAUUAUCUAUCUACUAUCAUGUUAUGCUUGUGCUCCUAUUUUUCACAUGAUAUUCUGUGGAACUAGAAGGUUGAUGUAUGUUGUUUAGGCUUAGAUUUACGUCAAUAUGAAUGCUUUCUUCUUUA